AUGGAUGUUCUGAGAGGAGUGCUAGAUUCAGGCGGUGAUAACAAUGGUGUCAACUUCGAAUGGUCUUUGCUUCGUGGUGGCAAUAUCAUCCGGCAAUACUCGGAAGACAGUACAUUGGUAAUUAAAAAGGCUGAUCCAUCGAACGAUUACGGAGUGUAUCGAUGUGAAGUGGAAGACGAUGAUGGAGAGCUGAUCGGACAAGCAUAUACGGCUGUCACCAUUGGAUUUACCGAUCCUUCCAAUGCACGAAUUGUUAAGUUUGACGAGAAAUCAGCUGCAGCAAUUGAAUGUCCAGUUUAUGCCAUACCCGGCGCAAGUGUCACAUGGGAAAAAGAAGAUGGUGAACUACCAGCUGGUGCGGAAAUGGUCGGUAAUAAGUUGAUGAUCAACGAAUUUGAUGAUGAUGCUGUAGGAAUGUACGUUUGUAAAGUUGAUAUAUAUGGCAAGCAGAUUGAAGGCUAUGUCAGAGCAGAAAUAUACGUACCGGAUACAAUAAUACAAGUAUUGCUGGAGCCAUCAUCGGAAAGCAUAUCAUUGGGUGAUCGAGCAUGGUUCGAUUGCAAAGUAACAGGUGAUCCGGAUGCUGAAAUAACUUGGACAAAAGAGGGUGAAGAUGAACUACCUGACAAUACGCAGGUAAUGGGGAAUCGUUUGUUGUUUGUGAACGUUCGCGAAGAUAACGGCGGCAUCUAUAAAUGUCUUGCGAAAACGAAAGCUGGACCACUGGAAACGCGAAAUGUGCUCAAUGUUGGAACUGCAAAACGCAAGCGAAAGCGUAUUUCACGUAAAAAAGAAAAACGAGCCCAUAAAGAGGCUGGGAAUAAUGAUAAGAAAAUGAAGCGUAGUUCCAUUUUUGGCACCUGUAAAAAUAUUAAAUUAAUAAAAUUUAUCGUUGCCGUCGAUGUUGCUGUUAUUGUUGUAAUUGUUGUUGGUGGUGGUGGUGAUGGUGAUGGUGAUGGUGACGGUGUCGUUGUUGUUGCUGUUCUUGUUGUCGCUGCUGCUACCAUUACAACAGCAACUAUAUUACUACUACUACCACUAUUGCUACAGCUCCUGUAA